CGGAAGCACGCCUUUGGGUGAAAGACAUUCCACCAAAACAGGACUCAGGAACCCGUUGGACACCAAACCUAGCAGAAGAUCGACGGAGAGAAGCUCCGGUCAUGGCGCUCGCUUCUCGUAUCUUAUCGAGAUCUAGACAGUUGUAUGCUGGUCAAAUAAUUCUACAACCAGAGAAUGCUGUUCCAGUCCGUUUCUUUGCUAAAGAAGCAGCACCACCAGCCCUUAAGGGAGAUGAGAUGCUGAAAAACAUCUUUUUGGAGGUUAAGAAGAAAUUUGAUACAGCCCUGGGAGUACUUCGGAAGGAGAAAAUCACUAUAGAUCCAGAUGAUCCGGCUGCAGUUGCUCAGUAUGCGAAGGUCAUGAAGACUGUGAGAGAAAAGGCAGACUUGUUUUCAGAAUCCCAAAGGAUCCAGUACACAAUUCAAACGCGAACUCAAGGUAUUCCAGAUGCUAGAUCAUAUCUGCUGACAUUGAAGGAGAUCAGGAUCAAGAGAGGCCUCACCGAUGACCUUGGUGCGGAAUCUAUGAUGAUGGAUGCAUUGGAAAAAGUUGAAAAAGAGAUCAAGAAACCACUUCUGAGAUCUGACAAGAAGGGAAUGUCACUUCUUAUGGCAGAGUUUGAUAAGAUCAACAAGAAGCUUGGAAUUAAGAGAGAAGAUCUGCCAAAGUAUGAAGAACAAUUGGAACUUAAAAUUGCAAAAGCCCAGUUAGAGGAGCUGAAGAAGGAUGCGCUUGAAGCUAUGGAAACUCAGAAGAAACGGGAGGAAUUCAAGGAUGAAGAAAUGGUUGGUGUGAAGUCGCUGGACAUCAGAAACUUCAUCUGAUUCUUGAGAUGACUCAAAUCACUAUUUUGCAUUGUUUUUCAUCGGAUUCUCGAGUUGACUCAAGGCUGCUGGCUCUCCAUAUGAAAGAUGGUCAAAUAAUUAAAAAUAAAACCCAACCAGCUGGCUGAAAUUGGUGAAUUGUGAGUUUGAAUUGAUGUUUCAUACUUGCCAUUUCCGUUCUUUUUUCCCUGGGUGGCUAGUGAGAUUUGUAACGAUUUAUUUCUGUUUGUCUCGGGGCAACUAUUUGGUUUUCUUAACCAAUACUUGGUAUUGCGUCUUCUUUACGUUGGACUUCCUGCAUGGAUCAUUUGGCUGUCUCUCAGGAUAGAGGAGUCCGGAGUUCUCAUUUCCGGGAUAUUAUGGUGGUGUUUGGUAAUGAUCCAAAGAAACGUUUCUGUUGUUUUUCUUUUC